GCGGCGUCAGCUCGCUGUGGGGCUUAAUCCAGCCGCAAAACUUGCUUUCCGUAAAUAACCAAACAUAUAUAUAUAUUUAUAUAUAUAUAACCGUUCUAGGUGUUCAGUUUUGCAGGUAGUAGCUUGUGUUUAACAUGAACUGAUGGAAAUGACAGCCCGGGUGACAGAGCACCUUUACACUCGUGUCCCCGUGGGGUUCUCCAUGCAGCGAGGAGCUCUCGUCCCCUGCUUGCUACAGCAGCUGCCUGUGGCCAGCCAAGAGGAGCCGGAUGAGGCCCAAGCUGAGGCCGGUGCGGUGCUAGGUUGCAGCGAGUGGGCUGCAGGAGAGGCCCCCGGGACUAUUUGCACUCCUGCCAAGGAGGCCGUGCCAUUCCAGGUUAGUUUUGUGAUGGAGACAGUGUUGAAGUCUCAUUGUGAUGAACAGCACCCUCAUCAGGCUGAAGACAUAAGCAGGAAGCACGACCAGAACAGCAAGCUUUCAGCAGGAAUAAAAAAAGAUAUUGAAAAACUUUAUGAAGCCGUGCCACAGCUUAUAAAUGUGUUCAAAAUUAAGGAAAAAAUUGGAGAAGGUACUUUUAGUUCUGUUUACUUGGCCACAACACAACUACAAACAGGAUGUGAAGAAAAAAUGGCUCUGAAGCACUUGAUUCCAACCAGUCACCCUCUGCGAAUUGCUGCUGAACUUCAGUGCCUCACAGUAGCAGGGGGACAAGAUAAUGUUAUGGGAGUUAAAUAUUGCUUUAGGAAAAAUGAUCAUGUGGUUAUUGUUAUGCCCUAUCUGGAACACGAAUCCUUCUUGGACAUUUUGAAUACUCUUUCCUUUGAAGAAGUGAAAGAAUACAUGUUUAAUCUGUUUAAAGCAUUGAGGCGCAUUCAUCACUUUGGUAUUGUUCAUCGUGAUGUCAAACCCAGUAACUUCCUCUACAACAGGCGGCUAAAAGAGUAUGCCUUGGUAGAUUUUGGCUUGGCGCAAGGAACCCCUGAUACAAAAAUUGAACUUCUCAAAACUGCCCAGUCUGAAGACCAGCAGGGAAGUUGCUCACAAAGUAAUCCCAACACAGCCUUGGGAAACGGGGUUUCUGUCAGUGUCACAGCACCUAAACAGAUAGCUCAACAGUCAGCCUCAAAAGCGUCUGAUAAACGGUCCAGCUCACUUUCAAAAAUACAGAUUAAACAAGGAAGAGGAAAGGAGGAAUAUGUACACCAUUCUGUCCAGCGCUCUGUCUUUGGAGAGAGGAAUUUCAAUGUCUAUAGUUCCACAUACCAGGAGAACUCAAAUACAAAACUCGUGAAACAAUCAAAGGUGAUCGAUGUUUCAUCUAGGAAGUUAAUAACAAAGAAGAAGAUUAUUUCUACCAGAACAGUGAACAAUGGGGUAGGCAGGAAGACUGCCAGUGGUUGCCCAUCAAACCUGACCUGUGACUGUUAUGCAACAGAUAGAGUUUGCAGUGUUUGCCUUUCAAGGUGUCAGCAAGUUGCUCCCAGAGCAGGAACACCUGGAUUCAGAGCACCAGAAGUAUUAACAAAGUGCCCCACUCAGACAACAGCAAUUGACAUGUGGUCUGCAGGAAUUGUAUUCCUUUCUCUGCUCAGUGGACGGUAUCCAUUUUACAAAGCAAGUGAUGAUUUAACUGCUUUGGCACAAAUCAUGACAGUUCGUGGAUCCAGGGAAACCAUUCAGGCUGCUAAAACUUUCGGUAAAUCCAUUCUGUGUACCCAAGUUGUGCCAGCACAAAACUUAAAAGCCCUCUGUGAGAAGCUGAGAGGAACAAAUAGCAGUUGUAGCAGAUCCCAGCCUGAUGUACCCAUCAAGUCUGUAAAUGACUCAGCUUUGCCAAUUGAAAUAGACAAACAGUGUGCCCCUGAGACACCUGGAAAAGAAAUUCAAUACUUAAAGGGUUGUCAGGAAGUUGAUGGUACUUCUGAAAUUAAGGCAGCAGACAUGAAAGGAUGGGAUCAGGUUCCUGAUGAAGCAUAUGACCUACUUGAUAAGCUACUAGACUUAAACCCUGCAACAAGAAUAACUGCAAAAGAGGCUUUGCUGCAUCCCUUUUUUAAAGGCAUAAGACUAUGAUAACAUACCCUGUUACUGCUUUGAUACAUUUUAUGUGAAAAUUAGAUUCUGAAGCAGUUUUACCCUGUUGCCCUUAAUGUUUACACCCAAUGAAAUACCAUGACAUUGUGCAUAGUACUACUGAAAUUGUCGUGUGCAGCUGGACUGCAAAUGUAAAUUUACAUUAAGAAAUACUUGCAGAUGUAAACAUUACAUAAACAUCACUAGCGUGGUCUUAUCCUAAAGACGCUUUUGAGGUGUUAUUACUGUGCAUACCUGAUCUCUAAGAAAAUUUUCUUUGACUAAAAACUAAAAAGAAUAGUUUCUUGUGCUCUAAGCUUAAUUCUCAAGAUUCUCCCUCAAAACAUACAAAUUUGUGUUAAGGCAGGACUGAGAUGAAAAAGUGGUUGAGAGGCUUCUUUCCAUAAUUUCAUAUCUAUGCUUUGUUACUGAGUAGUACGUAGGAGACUGAAAAUGGAACAAACUUCAUUAAUUUUGUUCAGACUACUUUCAGACAACAGUUUUACUUUGGGAGUGUUGCUAGAGGAAGGGCCAGGUACUGGAGGUUUUAUCAUCAAAAGAAAUGCGUAACUGUUUUUAAAGUAUAUUUUCUCCCCCCCCAUCUGUUCAUUCCUACUUUGGUAAUAGUGAAAAAUGCAGUUACUCAUUUUGCACAGCCCGUAUUUUCACUGUGCCACGGGUAGCUGUCAACAACUAUGGCCUACUGAAUGUCUUGCGUGACAUGUAAAAGUGAUUUCUGUUAUGGAAGCUGAUCUUCACAGAAUAUCUUUUCAAUAAAGGAUUUGUUUUUAUAACUUCA